CUAGGCAGCCCCUGGCAGAAGUUACCAUUCUGUGGAAGCUUCUCUGAGAACGGAGCGGGUGCGAUGGGCGUCUGGCUGCGACUGGCCUUUUUACUGUUGCUGCUGCUGUGCCUGGGACAGUCCGCAUGGCCUGCUGCGGUGGUCCUGGCACUGCGCUGGCUCCUGGGGGACUCUAUCUUCUGUGUGCUGCUCGGCCUGGCCAUGCUGGCGCGGCCCUGGCUCUACCCCUGGAUGCCCCACUGGCUGAGUCUGGUGGCCGCGGCACUCAUGCUGGCUGUGUUACCCGCACGGCCACCCCCAGGGCUGCGCUGGCUGCCUGCAGACUUGGCCUACAUCUUCGGGAUCCUCCACCUGGGGCUGAACAUCAAGGCGCGCAUGAGCCGCCAGCCGCCCAACACCUUUGUGGAUACCUUUGAGCGGCGAGCACAAGCACAGCCGGACCGGGCGCCCUUGGUGUGGAAGGGUCCGGGGGGCCGCUCGGUCACCUUCAGGGAGCUGGACGAGAGAGCAUGCCAGGCAGUGUGGGCCCUGAAGGCCGAGCUGGGCAGCCUCACAGGCUUGCUUGCUGGGGAGCCUGCCGCCCUCCUAGUGCUGGCCUCCCAGACCAUUCCGGCCCUAGGUUUGUGGCUGGGGCUGGCCAAGUUGGGCUGCCCCGUCGCCUGGAUUAAUCCACAUGCCCGGGGGGCACCCCUGCUACACUCCGUACUGAGCUCUGGGGCUCGGUUGCUGGUGGUGGACCCAGACCUCCAGGAGAAUCUGGAAGAGGUCCUUCCCAAGCUACAGGCAGAGAACAUCCGAUGCUUCUACCUCAGCCACUCCUCCCCAACCCCAGGAGUGGGGGCUCUGGGGGCUGCUCUUGACGUUGCACCCAUCGACCCUGUGCCCGCUGACCUACGUGCUCGGAUCACAUCAAAAAGCCCUGCCCUGUUUAUCUACACCUCAGGGACCACUGGACUCCCAAAGCCGGCCAUUGUCACACAGGAACGGCUGCUACAGAUGUGCAAGAUGCUGUCCCUGGGUGGGGUCACAGCUGAUGACGUGGUCUACACAGUCUUGCCUCUGUACCAUGUGAUGGGGCUUAUCCUUGGAAUUCUUGGCUGCCUGGAGCUUGGAGCAACCUGUGUCCUGGCCCCCAAGUUCUCUGCUUCCUGCUUCUGGGAUGACUGUCGGCAGCAUGGUGUGACUGUGAUCCUGUAUGUAGGCGAGGUCCUGCGGUACCUGUGUAACACUCCACAGCGACCAGAGGACCGGACACAUACAAUCCGCUUGGCAAUGGGCAAUGGACUCCGAGCAGAUGUGUGGGAGUCCUUUCAGCAGCGCUUUGGCCCCAUUCGGAUCUUGGAAACCUAUGGCUCCACGGAAGGCAACAUUGGCUUCGUCAACUAUCCAGGCCGCUGUGGGGCCCUGGGCAAGAUGAGCUGCUUGCUUCGAAUGCUGUCCCCCUUUGAGCUUGUACAAUUUGACACGGAGGCUGAGGAGCCUGUCAGAGACAGUCAGGGAUUCUGCAUCCCUGUGGGACUAGGGGAGGCGGGGCUCCUGUUAACCCAGAUAGUGGGCCACCACCCUUUCCUGGGCUACCGCGGGGCACGAGAGCUGUCGGAACGGAAGUUGGUGCGGAAUGUGCGGCGCAGGGGCGACGUUUACUUCAACACCGGAGACGUGCUGGCCAUGGACCGAGAAGGCUUCCUUUACUUUCGGGACCGCCUGGGGGACACCUUCCGAUGGAAAGGUGAGAACGUAUCUACGCGGGAGGUGGAGAGCGUUUUAUCCCUUGUGGACUUCCUGCAGGAGGUGAACGUCUACGGCGUCUCUGUACCAGGUUGUGAGGGCAAGGUGGGGAUGGCUGCUGUGCGGCUGGCCCCAGGCCAGACCUUCGAUGGUCAGAGGAUGUACCAACAUGUCCGCACUUGGCUCCCUGCCUAUGCUGCACCCCAUUUCAUCCGUAUCCAGGACGCCCUGGAGAUCACAAGCACGUUCAAACUGGUGAAGUCCCGGUUGGUGCGUGAGGGCUUCAAUGUAGGCGUCAUUGCUGACCCCUUGUUCGUGUUGGACAACCAGGCUAAGACUUUCCAGCCCCUGACACCGGACACGUACCAGGCCGUGUGCAAUGGAACCUGGAGACUCUGACCAUCUGGCCUGUCCACAUUUGAAGUGGCAGUGCCCAAUGCAGACUACCACUCAUAUUGGCAGGAUCCUCUCCACCACAAAUCUGCUGAGGGUUAUCAUGAAUCACAGCCUGGCCAUAACCCCAGUUGAAGAGAGUAAGAUGACUGUGGGCCCAGUAGUGGAGUGAGAAUAAACUUGGAUGUGUACACACGUCUGCGUGUGUAGGGCUAAGGGCAGGCAGCCCUAAGAUGGGCCAUUUUGGCAUAAAGAUGAUUUUAUGAUAAAAGCAAUAAAAACCCGGCAGAUUCA